CGAUAGCGUCAAUUCUGGCACUUUAUUUUUUUUACCUGCACAUCACAAUAAUAAAGAAAACGAAAAAAGAACCGACAUAAAUUAUCUGGGUGAACUUUAUUUAUAAUUCGAAUGUAGCUUCCAGGCCAUCCAUUCAUCAGCAUGAAGAUAAACGAAAAGAAUUUAUCUGUGUUUGCGAGAACGCCACCGUACGAUAUCGAAGGCUUCUUGAACAAGCGGGGCGAGGUCAACAAAGCAUUUCAACGGCGGUACUUUGUGCUGAAGGGCAAUUUGCUGUUUUAUUUCGAGGCUCGGACGGAUAAAGAGCCCCUAGGCCUGAUUAUCGUGGAGGGAUGCACCAUAGAGCUGUCGAAUGAGGUGGACAACUACUGCUUUGAGAUAGCCUUCAACGGCAAUCGCACCUACAUUCUCGCAGCCGAAGAUCAGGAGCGAAUGGAGACAUGGAUGAAGGCACUGACCUGUGCCGGCUACGAGUACAAACGGAUAAUUGUUGCCGAGCUGCAGAGGCAGCUGCAGGAGAUCGAGGACUCCAAGAACAAGAUGCUCGGGAACGGGGGUGAGAGCUCGCAGAAUGCCAUAACAGGAUCCAAGCCAAGACCUCCGCCCAGGCGCACAAAUCCAUUCAAUCGUCCAGCGCCGCCGCCGCCGCCGUCCGAAAGUGCACUGCGGAGCGGAGUGGUCAUGUCGCCCAUGCCGUUUGUCAAUGGCUACUUUGGCUCCAGCAAUGCGCGACUGCAGCAGGAGCAGCUCAUGAUUAAGCAAGAUGGCAAUGGAAAUGGAAGUCCACAUGGUACGCCCAAGGCGCACCGACGUCCGGCACCACAACCGGCGACCAGUGCCUUCUACAUCGAUCAUCUGAGCUCGGAAACGGCUGGCAGACCUACAGUAUUACCGCGCAACGUCAACAACAACAACAACAACAAUAUUCACAUCGACAGCGCAGAGCAAAAGAGGCGACAGGACAAGGCCAAGGAGGACUUCAACAGAAACCAUGAACAUUUUCGCAGUGAAUUGAUGCCCAGCAUUGUGGCGUAUCGGGCCACCCAAAAGCAGCCCCUCAUACAAUUCUGAUGUUCCGAAUAUUCCCAGAAUGCCAAUUGCAUAAAUUACAUUAUCCGUUUUGUGCUAAAUGAAAAAAUUGAUCACAUCAACAACAAAUGUUUCAUAAUUCCUAAAAUAAAUAAAAUUUGAAAAUU